AUGCAGCAGCGGCCAGCCCAGCAGCAGCACUCAGUUGGUGCGUCUAUCGCGGCCUUGGCAGGCAGGCGCACUUCUCGGGAACGAGCCGGAUCCGGUCCGGAAAUGGCCGAGCGAGGCUUCGUCCGGGUGUCUGGAAGAAAGCUGCCUCCUGUGCUCCAGUACGGCGGUGAUGGGUAUACGGACCCCCGCAAUGAUAGGAACAGUCAGGGCAGCGACGUGUCGGCGUCAGUCUACCGCGACUCGAUGGCCGUCUUCGACCCGAACCAUACCCCGCUGACUCUUGGCUCUCCGAUGCGACCUGAAUCUGGUAUCAUGACCAUGCAUCCAGGCCCACGGAGGACCCCCGUCACCAGCCAGACUCCGAGCAGUAUCGACUCGCCCACCUUACCUCGCAGCUCGACGUUCCCUUCUCCGGACGCGCUUGGCCAGACCCUUCACAGCGAAGGCUUCUCUCGCGAUGCCGUGGGCAGGACACUUGCUCCUCAGGACUACUCCCGCGACGGCGCGGCAUCACGCGACUCUCGCGGUUCGGGCAGAUUCACCGAGCAUGUUUCUUGA